AAACUUGGGAUUUUUUCUUAUCUUCUUCAACAUCCAAAAAAAACCAAACACAAAAUCACACACACAGAUAGAAUUAAAAUUUAAAAAAAUAAAAUAAAAAAUGGCAGGGAUAGGGUUAUGCUGGCCAUCAAAGUUGACCAACAAACCAACUCUCAUGUCAUCAUCUUCUGUACCUCGAUCUUCUUCAUCAUCACCGCGUUGCUGUUUAUCUUCUGUUAAAAUGACAGUUUCUGUUGAUGACAAGAAAAAGACUUUUACCCUCAAGAAAUCUGAAGAAGCUUUCAAUGCUGCCAAGGAGUUGAUGCCAGGAGGUGUUAAUUCCCCAGUCCGUGCUUUCAAAUCAGUUGGUGGGCAGCCUAUAAUAAUUGAUUCAGUAAAAGGUUCACACAUGUUUGACAUUGAUGGGAAUGAGUAUAUCGAUUAUGUCGGUUCAUGGGGACCCGCGAUCAUUGGCCACGCAGAUGACGAGGUACUUGCAGCCUUGGCGGAAACAAUGAAAAAAGGAACCAGUUUUGGAGCACCAUGUCUUCUAGAAAAUGUACUUGCUAAAAUGGUCAUUGAGGCUGUUCCCAGUAUUGAAAUGGUUCGUUUUGUCAACUCAGGAACUGAAGCAUGCAUGGGUGUACUUCGGUUGGCCCGUGCUUUCACUGGAAAAACAAAAAUUGUAAAAUUUGAGGGUUGUUACCAUGGCCAUGCUGAUCCUUUCCUCGUUAAAGCAGGCAGUGGAGUUGCCACUCUUGGGCUUCCUGACUCUCCUGGUGUCCCAAAAUCAGCCACUUCAGACACCCUAACAUCACCCUACAAUGACAUUGCCACCGUUGAAAGUCUAUUCAGCGCCCACAAGGGUGAAAUCGCCGCUGUUAUACUUGAGCCCGUUGUAGGGAACUCGGGCUUCAUCACACCAAAACCUGAGUUUUUGAGUUUUCUUCAAAAAAUUACUAAAGAAAAUGACGCCCUCCUAAUAUUUGAUGAAGUUAUGACGGGGUUCCGUUUGGCUUACGGUGGGGCCCAGGAGUAUUAUGGUAUAACUCCUGAUUUGACAACACUAGGGAAGAUUAUCGGUGGCGGGCUUCCGGUGGGUGCUUAUGGCGGUAGGCGGGAAAUAAUGGAGAUGGUGGCUCCUGCAGGUCCCAUGUACCAAGCUGGGACCUUGAGUGGGAACCCACUUGCCAUGACAGCUGGAAUUCACACUCUUAAGCGGCUUCAAGGGUCAGGAACUUAUGAAUACUUGGACAAAAUAACGGGCCAACUUGUAGAGGGAAUUGUAAAUGCAGGCAAAAAGGCAGGACAUGCGAUAUGUGGAGGACAUAUUAGUGGCAUGUUUGGGUUCUUUUUCACGGAUGGCCCGGUCUAUAGUUUUGAGGAUGCUAAAAAGAGUGAUACAGCUAAGUUUGCUAAGUUUUAUAGAGGAAUGUUGGAAGAAGGUGUGUAUUUCGCUCCUUCUCAGUUUGAGGCCGGAUUUACUGGUUUGGCUCACACACAAGAGGAUAUUCAACGGACGAUAGAUGCUGCUGAGAAAGUUUUGAAACAACUUUAGAUAUGUUUGACUGCGUGGUAGCUUUAUUGUCCUUUUUGUUGUGGGUGAUUGAGGUUGUUCUUUUUGUAGGUAUUGUUCAUGUUGAUCAUAGGUGCAUUUGAACUUAAACCGUUCAGCUUUACUAUGUAUUACCAUGCUGUAAUAUGAUUUAUAGCAACUACUUGUACUUCUCGGAAUAAAUUUUUUUUUUCUUUUUA